GGCCUAUACGACGAGGUGGUGGUUAAGUACGAGAUUGACUACUCGGCCGGAGGGUCGGUGCAAAACGCCCUGCGCUACGCCCAGUGGGUAGUCGGCAAAAAUAACCCCAUUGCUAAUUACAUCGGGGCAGUGGGCGAUGAUUACUUUGGCAAGUACCUGGCUAAUAAAGUUAAAGUGGAUGGUCUUAAUGUUAAGUAUAUGGUGGUCGAUGAUAAGCCUACCGGUGCCUGUACGGUGUUGUUCAACAAUAAUGGAAAAUACAAGUCCGUGUGCGCUAAUCUUGGAGCUAGCACAUGUUUUGACAAACAUUUUUUGAUGAACAACUUCUGGUUUUGCGAACGUGCCAGGGUGAUUCUGACUAGUGGCCACCUUCUACCUGUAUCGCCGGAUAGUGUGAUGUAUUUAGCGAAACACUGCCACGAAUGGGGCAAAGAUUUUCUCUUAAUAAUUUCUUACCGUUUUCUCCGGCCUAUACCUAUAGGGGCGUCGUAUGUGAUCCACAACUCGACUAAUUAUGUGAUGGAUUUGUUUCCAUACAUCGACUUCUUGUUCUGCAGCGCCGAUGAGGCACUCGCUUUUGCCACUGUUAAGGGUUAUCAUACACGUGACCUGAAACAAGUUGUCAAACUAAUGGCUGACGAACCGAAAGUGUCGUAUAAUAACCCAAAUAUACCUAACAAUUACAAAUCUGGUCGCGUCGUGGUGGUCAACCAACGUGGAGGUAAACCGGUACUAUUGGCUAAAACUGACGUGUUCAACACCAAAGAGUACCCGGUACCAAUUAUGACCGAUACCGAGAUCAUCGAUACUAGCGGGAUGGGUGAUGCCCUGAUUGGUGGCUUCCUGGCCAUGUAUAUCGAUGGUCGACCAUUUGAUGUGUGCGUUCAGUGCGGUAUAUACUGCGCCACCGAGUGUUGCCGGCAAUCAGGGUGCAUUUUGCCAGAGAAAAUGAAGUUUAAGUAUUAAAAUGUAAAGGUUGUUUCAAAAGGUACAAACACGAGUUUUGGGUUGCAAAAUUGAGUUAAAAAGUAUUAAAAUUUAAACUUUUAUUUAAUGACAAUCCCUUAUGCUGUACACUCACUGUACGUAUAUUUUGCAAUAUACUAUACAAUGAUACAUUGCUGGAAUUUGUUUUAAAAUGUUAUUUGAUUUUAUUGUUUUUAUAUUUCAAAUAUAAUACAUGCAUGG